GAUCUUAGUAUCGAUUUUUAAAUGUUGCCAAUCUUGUUAGGUACUUGCUAAACCUCACUACGCCAUAUCCCGACGAUGCUUGUCGCAGCUCCUCCACCAUGAACGGCGUAAUAGAGGCGCUGCACAUCUACGAUGAGCAUAAUCGCGCGAUCCUCUCUCAUACCUACGCCUCUCGCCCACUUUCCGCGAAUCAUCUUCUACCGCUUUAUCUCGAACACCCAACUCCGAGACCCAACCUGAUCUACCUACCAAAUACUAACCCGCCGACACUUGUAUUUAGCCUUACGCAUGCGAAUCUACUUUACCUAGCCACCUCUUCCUCGGAAAUUGAACCUCUCCUUGUCCUUGAAUUUCUCCACCGCAUCAUCGAUGCCCUCGAAGAGUUCCUUGGCGCGCCGGUCUUAGCGCACAAGAUCGAAGCAAACUACGAUGUCGUUGCUCAACUACUUACUGAGAUGUGCGAUGCCGGCACCAUUAGCACCACCGAACCGAACGCCCUAAGAGACGUGGUGGAAGUGGAAGGUCUUCUAGGGAAACUACUGGGUAGCAUUAAUCUACCUGGCAAAUCCCCAACCCUUCCUAGUACGGCGUCCCUCAUGGCCCAGAAUGUUCCCGCGCUACCUUGGAGACGAGCGAACGUGCGACAUACGUCGAACGAACUCUAUGCCGACGUCGUGGAGACCCUAACGGUUACUCUUGCACCGUCUGGCAGACCUAUUGCUGCGUUUGCCAAUGGAACCAUCGCGUUUACGUCUAAGGUAUCCGGGAUACCAGACAUACUUUUGAACCUCACAGGGCCAUCCGGGAAGCACAAUUUGAAAAGCGUAAUGGAGCUUCCGGUGUUUCAUCCAUGCGUACGGCUACAGAAAUGGAGGGAUAAUCCGGGAGAACUCAGCUUUAUACCUCCGGAUGGACGUUUUAUUCUUGCAGGCUACGAAGUGGAUUUGUUGCCUUUCACUAAUGGGAAGAGCGGAAAUUUGAGCUCGAAUAGUCUCAGGCUGCCGGUAAAUAUAGAGGUUAAGACGGGGUUGGGGUCAACCGGUUCCGAUUUCGAGGUGCGACUUAACAUUAACAGGAAUUUCGGGUCAGCUAAUUCUUCAAUAUCUGGAUCUUCCAGCAGGGGAGGUGCAGGCGGAAGAGGUUUUGGCGGGCCGCAUUCUGGUUCAGCCGCCGCGCCAUCAUUACAAGACCUUAUAGUUUCGGUACCGUUACCUUCUGAGGUUAGAAACCUCUUAGACAUACGACCGAGCAAAGGAGACGCCAGUUUCAACCCGGGGGAUAAAGUACUGGAAUGGGUUAUACCGACCAAGGAGCUUGCAUCUGGGUCAUCGUACUACGGCCUUCGGUGCACAGUGCAAGGUCCUCUGGCUGAAGAUCAAGAGGACCCAGAUCCCAAUGGAUUUGGCUUUGGUAGGGACUACACUUACGACGAGCCGUACCAAAGCAGUGCGGAUUUGAAGGCUAAAAAGAACGAAGGAAGCUCCGAGGAUGAGAAGGAUGCGAAGAAGAUUGCCCAGAAUAAGAUUCUGAUGCCAAGCUCUGCAUCCGUCAGUUUUUCGGUUAAGGGGUGGUUAUCAAGUGGAAUCAAGGUCGAAAGCAUCCAGAUCGACCCGAGAAAAAGUCGGGGGAUCGGUGAGGGAGUAAAGCCAUAUAAAGGGGUCAAAUACCUCACUAUCAGUAAAGGGGGCGUCGAGAUUAGAUGUUGAACGCUGCGUUUACGUUUUACGCACAGCGGACGUUACAUUCGGCGUUGGAGUACCUACAUGUACCUAGGUAUGCAUUGCAUAAUUGGCGUUAUGGCACACUGGCUGGAGCUGCUGGAGCUACGGAUAUCACCAUACAUAGAUCAACAUGGCAAGAGCUAGCAAUUGCAAGAUUAUACGGCCUCCU